AUGCACUUGAAGUAUACCGUAAGAGACUUCCACCGCCGUGUCGAGGUGGACCUCCCCCGCCGCCAAGACGGAGACAGCCCGACGGCCGUCCCAUCGCCGGAGCCGCCGCACGGUCGCCAGCCACCGCCACCGCCGCCGUCUAGUCACCAAGCGCGGCCGAGCCCCGAGUUCCCAUAUUUUCCUCCUGUACCGCCUCAAGCCCGCCGGGGGACGCCGCCGAGCCAUGGGCAGUUCGCGAGACGGGAGGCGGGGGUGGACGGUGGGUCCCGUGGGCAGGGGAGAAGGUUGGAUGAGUCACAGAGUUGUAAGAGGCUGAGAGCGAUUGCGGAGGUGAAAGAUUGGGAGAUGUUUAGGGAUUACUCGAAAGAGGAGAUUAUGAACAUAUGCGAGGAGGUCGGGAUUAGUAAGUCGUGCUUCAAGGCUUGGGUUGCGUACCAUAGGCAUGGCCAGAUGGGCAGACGAGCAGUUUUCAAUUGA